AGUGUGUAUCUUGAUUUUCAGGAUGCUGGCGAGAAGCGUCGAUUCUGUACGCUGAAGAUUAUUUCGCGCGCGGUUUCAUAAGUUGUAAAAUUUAAUACGAAAUGUUUAACAUCAUAAUGUGUUUUUCUUUCACAGAAACUGUUGUGUUUUUAUUGAAGAGAAUAUGUGAGAACAUUAGAAGUGCGAUCAAUUUUAUCAUUGUAAUUCAUUAAGUUAGCGGGGUUCUCCAUCAUGGGGCAUACGGGAAAUACAUCUGAUAAAAAUCUUUGGCAACACUCAGUCUCAGAUGAAUAGACAUGGUUAUUGGAGCCAGUCAAAAAAGGAAACUUUCACCUUAUUUCCACUCGAACUUUCAGGGAGUUACAACUCUACUUUUGGUGCCUGGAUCUAAUUGUUUCAUGUCAUCACAAGUAAUGUUGCAAUUCCCUACGCCUACAAAUGCUACUUCGUUGGAAGCGUUAUACAAAGUGAACUGCUCUAACUUGUCAUGUUCCUCAAACACGACCAUCGUCGACAACGUCACCACAAACAACACUUUCUUGGAUAUCGAGGACAGAGAACCACUAACCGAUCUUAUUCUCAUGGGAGUAUUGUCAAUCGUUUUAGGGCUUAUGAUUCUUGUUACCGUUAUAGGCAACGUGUUCGUGAUUGCAGCAAUUCUUCUGGAAAGGAAUUUGCAGAAUGUUGCAAAUUAUUUAAUAGUUUCCUUGGCCGUCGCUGACUUAAUGGUGGCGUGUUUGGUAAUGCCCUUGGGAGCAGUUUACGUGAUAAGUAAUAAUUGGAUCAUGGGUCCAGAACUUUGUGACAUGUGGACGUCUAUAGACGUUCUUUGUUCAUCAGCUUCAAUUUUGCAUUUAGUGGCCAUAGCUGUUGACAGAUAUUGGGCCGUAACUAACGUAGAUUAUAUCCACACACGAAAUAGCUACAGAAUAGGAGUAAUGAUAAUAAUUAUUUGGACCAUAGCAUUGAUCGUAUCUCUCUCCCCUCAAAUUCCCCAAUUUAAGGAUCCGGAUUAUCUCUUCAGAAUAAACGAAAAGAAGCAGUGCUUAGUUUCUCAAGACGUCAAAUAUCAGAUUUUCGCCACAAGUUCCACAUUUUAUGUACCUCUUUUGAUGAUAUUUAUUUUGUACUGGAAAAUAUUCCAAACUGCUAGAAAACGGAUAAGGAGGAGAAGAGAAAUAAAUUCUCAUAACUCGAACAAACCACACAAAGAUAAAUUGGAUAAAGUGGACGGCAGCCAGGUUCAUAAAAGUUUUCUAUCAAAAAGAAAAUUCCUUAGAUUCAAGAAAAAUCCAGAUAAGCAAUCGUCAGCUGCAGAAGCAUUGGUUAAUACUUUAAUGACUAUGGAAGGUCAAUCCACGACAACAACUAUGGAAUUAAUGGAAGAUACAGAUGACAGAGAAAAAAGUAUAACGGCACCUGAUGUUCCAAAAAAUCUUUCUCUGGCAUUGACAGAAACUCAGUCAACAACAACUGAACAAAAAACGACAGCUUUUACUAUUUCCAAAGCCGCCGAUGGUCAGAAUAACGUUUAUCAAACUAAAGCAGCCAACAAUGGUUCAGCUGCCGACCAAAGCGAAACGAUUAGUCGGGCAGGAACAUUAAGUAAAGAACUUCCUUCGUGUCCAGCAUCCGUAGACAAACUACUGCCGUCCAAAAAGGAGAAAAAAGAAAGUUUGGAAGCCAAAAGAGAGAGGAAAGCAGCCAAAACGUUAGCAAUAAUUACAGGUGCUUUUGUAAUGUGUUGGUUACCAUUUUUUAUUUUGGCUCUUCUUUUACCUUUAUGUGGUGAUGCCUGUAACAUUAGCGGUUAUAUUAUGAGUUUUGCUCUUUGGCUGGGAUACUUCAAUUCAACUCUUAAUCCAGUUAUAUACACCAUUUUCAGUCCGGAAUUUCGACAAGCAUUCAAAAGAAUUUUGUGCGGGGGUCAUAGGGGACCACGGACUUACAGAUCUGGUAAAAUGAGAUAAAAUAAGAAGAUUUUCGUGUGUGGACCUAGGGGUGAGAAAUAUUGGGUCUUGGUCUACCCAUAGUCAGAAAUAUAUUUUUAUAUUAGUUUACUAAUGUUUCAAAGCAUAUUUUCUAAAGUUUAAUUUGUUGAAACGAAAUAAUUUGAUGAUUUUCGCAGUUAGUUUUAAAUUGACAACUCGGAAAGUGAUAAAUUAUAGAUUGUUUUGAAACUUGUCAGUUCCAGUAUAAUGAGGUAAAUUAUAUUAACUGAAAAAAAUUAUAUGGAAUAAUAGAUUAUAACGCCUUCUAUGAUAAACAGUGAAUAUAACUUUAUUGAUAUUUCUGACACCUUCUGAAUAACCAGAAUCGCAUAUUUAUUACUUCUUCUUAUAUAACUCCUAACACUAUUUUAUUGCUUUAUCAAAAUUAUAUAAAAGUAUAUGUCUACUAUAAUUAAGUGGAAUGUUUCUCGAAAUACAGUUUUUUAUUAAAACCAUAAAUAUCUCAUCUCGAUAGAUUUUCAUUCAGAGGCAAGGUCUAGCACGUUAUUGUUUAAUAAUAUGGAUGAAUUUCAAAUAGAAUAUUACGGAGAUAUCCGUAAAUAAAUGCAUGUUCCUCUGAUUAAGGGUUUGUAUAAACAGUAUAAAAUCAAUACAGUAACAGAUAAUAAUCUGUUACUUGGAAACUCACAAUAAUAAAUCCAGACAGAAAAUUUUUUCAGUAAAAAAACUACCCGACCUUUGGCAUAUUUCUACUAUUUUCUUAAAUUCGAGUAACUAGGUGCUCUGAAGAUGUAAACGUUUAAAGCUUAACAAAUUCUGUAAUUUCGAAAACAUUUUAAAAAACAAAACCAUAUCGCUUAUAAUAAUGUAUUUUAAAUAAAUAAAAUAUUAAUGGAGUAAAUUGAAUACUAUAGAGUCAUAAUUAUGAUACGAUAAUGAAUAUGUUCGAUAGAGUAACGUAACGUAUAUUUCUUAAUUUCCAACAAUUUUCAUCAUUGCUGAGAUUUGGAGCUGAUUUAGAAACGAACUAUUCCUAAUUUGGGAUAUUUAUUAUAAUAUAACGAAGCCUGUUUAAAUCUUAAACACGAACUUGACAAACUACAUAAACCAGAUACCUAAUUUCAACUCAUAAAUUAUUCCUCUAAAUAUCGGAAUCAGAUACAAAAAAAAACGCAGUAAAUAAGGCUGCGACACGUUUGAAAAUGUCACAAGAAACAGGGCUGGUCUGUCUUUAACAUUGAGUUACAUAAAACUUAAACGGCAAUGGCGAAAUUAAUAAAAUUCGUUUUGGUUAUAAAAAUGUUCCUCCUAUCAGUGCCUUGUGAAUCAUUGUUUGUUAUAAAGGUUUGGUAUGAAGGUGUAAAUCACGACAUAAUUUUUAUGCCAUCUUUAAAAAAGGGUUUGAAAAUAAAACGGUUUUGUUCCUGUCACAUCUAGAUUGAUUAAUAUAACCUACCAGACUUAACGAGGUCCUUUCACCAUCAAAAAAAAAAAAUAAAAUUAAUACCGAUUAUGAUGACGACAAUAAUUUUUUUAUUAUCAUUAUUUUACAUUGUACUUUACCGUACAAAAUUCUGAAAACAAGAUGUUUGAAAGUACACAAAAUUUGCCACAACAUUUUGUAAAAGGUAUUGAAACUUUUUUUGAAAAAAAAAAUGAAAAUUAGCUUUUUCUAACAUACAGGUCCCAUUUUUUCCUAUAAAAUAGAUUAUUCACCAUUAUAUACAUCAGUAAUGUCUUAGAAUAUGAUAUAAAGAAAUUAUUUUAAUCAUAACUUGAUAAAUUUUAUUUUUCAUUGGUGGCGUCUCCAAAGAAAAAACACGGAAAUAAUUAUGUGCUAUCUAGUUGUGAACAAAAUAUACAGACCUGAGGAAUUGGAAAUGAAGGGUUGAAAUAAGACUUAAUAAACAUGUGGGAAGGAAUUGAAAAGAUGUGUCUGUUAUAUCAGGAUACGUCCUUGGCUCUAAGCAUAAUAUAAUGAAAAAUAAAUGAAUAUAUCCUCAAAAAUAAGAAAAAUUAUAUGCAAAACACCAGAGUUGUAUGUGUAGCUAAUUGUUUCUCCGCAGUAAUCAUAAGGAAAUUAAGAAAUAAUAACUGAUACUUACUAGGUAUACAUAUAUAAAUAUAUAUAUAUAUAUAUAUAUAUAUAUAUAUAUAUAUAUAUAUAUAUAUAUAUGUAUAUAUAUAUAUGUUAUGAAUUAGAACAAAGAUAUAUUGUUCCAACGCUACGAAGUCUUUCCAUUAGUAGUGCAAAGUUUAAAUGUUAUGCAAUUUUUCACUUUUAUUGUAAAUACGUAAUAACAAAUCAAAAGUAGACAAUUCAAUGUUUGUGAAGCUGUUCUUCCAAUUUUCCAAUUUGCAUUGUGUUCUCAGCAUAUUAGAUCGAUACAAAAAGUUUACAACUACGAUUACUUAAAUCUGUUCAAUAACCGAUGUGAUUUCAUAUCGUUUACCGAAAAUAUCCGUUAGUGACAUGUACAUGUAUAAUAUUGUGAUAUUAACAGUCUAGACAGUGAUUAGCAUGUUCGAUACUCGAAAGCUAAAAUAUAUAUUGUAGCUAUAGUACCUAUAUCACCUGUAGCCACUCGUUGUUUUAGAGUUUUAGAGUUAUUCUGUCUCAAAUACGUAUGAACUAAUUUAUUAAUAUGUUUUCUUGACUUAACUUUUUAUGACUUUAUGAAAUCAUAGUCAUAAAGUCAUAAAAACACUUAAUUUAACUUACGUUGACAUAAAAUCUGUACUAAUUUGGAUAAAUAUUGAAAGUUAACUGGAGAAUUCCAGAGUUUGGUAUAUCGUAACGAAAAAUAUUGAAAAAUAAUGCAAGGAUACUUGAAAUUUGGCAGAUACUACUACUUGAAUCGUGUUAAUAUCUUACUUUAAAGCUUUUAAUAACUACAUCACUUUCCAAUCUUCUAAACAAGGACAAAAGAAUAUAUAUCAUACUGAAGGACUGUUAAUGUUCAGAUUCAAACUACACUAUUAUCAGUACACCGCGCUCAACCACAAUUUAUUCCCGUAAAUCGAAACUUCAGCCACAAGUGAAAUCCUAAUGAGCUCAUUUUUAUCAAAUUGGUUGAAAUUUCAGGUGCAGUUUUCUAAACCAGCUUGUUUCUUACGCAUUUAACAUGUUUUGUUAUGUUAUACCGAGAACAUUUUUUCUUAAUAUCAUUUCGGAGUUGCUGAACAAAAUAUUUUGCAACUUUUCUACAAGAGGAGUAUCUUAUUUACAAUUAGAAAUAUUUCCUCCGCAUUGUUUCACCCUCGUUAUUCAUAUUGCUUUUGCAUAUAUAAAUAAUUAUUAAUUUUUUAAAGCUGUCAUAUUCAAAUGAAUCUCGUUCAUCAUUUACAGCUGUGAGGAACAUGUCUACUUCUUAACAUUUUUGAAUUUUUUCAAAAACUCAUUACUUAUACAAUUGUGACCAAAAUUAUAAUAAAGCUUAUAAUGCUUGCCGUUUAUUUAUGGUGUAUAGUUGUAUGAGUGUAAUCGUUAGUAAUAUUCAUAUCUCCAGUUAAGUUGAAUUGUUUUGACUCCGACCACAUAACUCAUUUGAAAAUGUAUCAAAUUUUUUUGUAUUUAAGUCACUAUUAAUUUGCAUAGAGUGUCUUGUUGAAACUGUACGUCAUGUUCAACCCAAACUACAAUACAAAAUGUAUGGAAGUUCAAAAUUAUCACGACAUUGUGUGAAAUAACUAAAAUUAUCGACUCUCAAUAGCUUCAUAGUGUAUUCAUCUAUGCUACUAUUAUCGAGUUCCGGAAAUAUUAAUCAGCAUACAAGAUUAAGUAGUCUCGUAAAUAAAGAUUUCUGUAGUUAUGAUAACAUAACAUAAACAUAUAAUAAUCUAAGGAUUAGUUUGUAUGAUAACCUACACCAACCACCCAUGUUUUCCUCAAAAAAUACCUCGAAGAAACCACGGAGACCACUCAUAAAUCGGAAAAUAUGAUAUGACAUACAAUACAAAACAUUGAAGAAUUUAUUCAUUAGAUUUGCAUUUUAAUAGGUAAUAAUAGGAAAGCAAUAUUUGAAUUGCAUUCAGAUUCAGUAUUUUUCAUUCCUGAAAUAUCUAUAUCGGAAUUUUUUGGGAAUAAAAUUGAAGGAUUGCCCAUUUAGCAGUCUUAAUAUAGAAAAAAUUAGUAGUAUGAGGCUGUGGCUCAAUUUGUUCAACAUAUUCCCAUCAAGUCCUUUUUCACAAAAGAUUUAAUGUCAAUGUCAGUUCAAUGUCUGCCAAAUUGAAAGAAAUUAGUUUUAUUGACAUAAUUGGCAAAAAUACUUUAAUCAGAUAUUUUACAAAAAACUAGAAUCAAAUAGAAUAUAAAGCAAAAUCUAGUUGCCAACCUAUAAUCCCUGUAUAUAAUACAAUUUGUAGUGUCUUUUUCUUAAAGUGAAUAUUUCUCGAAAUAAAUUCACUCAAGAAUAACGAUCUUAUACUUACUUCCAUAUUUUAACUAACAUAUUAUAGUUGUGAAUAAUUAUAAGCUCUAUUUUUGCGUAUACAGGGUACUAAAAUGUUAAGUUAAAGGUAUUAUAUAAUACGUAUCUCAUUAAUAUAUUAUAACAUAAUAUUUAGACCCGGUUAUUAUAACAUGCGAAUUGUAAUUGUAAAUAAACCUUAGAUGUUCAAUUACAUUUUAACACCCUGUAUAAAAUCCAGAAGCGAAUCGCAAGGUGCGACAUGUACGUAAUACAUUUUUCUGUAAAUUUCAAUAAUUAUAACAACUAGUAAUUUUAAGGUAAUUAUCAGGUAUUUAUAAUGUAAGAAUAAAACAGUUGGAUGUGUUUAUUUUAAAUUUCGAGCAGAAAUGUUUGUGAAAAUUUAAAUACAGUGUGUUUGAAUGUAAAAUAAUAUACAGACAAAUAUCAGAAACUGACCUCAUAAAUUCAAAGAGGUUGUCAAAAUACUCUUUGACCCCAAGUUAUCACAUCUCUAUACUCACGCGAAAUGUGUGAAUCAUUCGUUUUUUCACUUUUGUCGGUUCACCCCAAUAACUCCAAGAUAUCUGCAAUAUCUUCAGAUUGUUCCUAAUCUGGCCGAUUUUUCACCCUAUCCGACUUUCAAAUUAGUACUCAAGAAUCAAUAAAUAAUUUGUGUCCGAUUUCGCCAAUUGAUUACAACAUAUAUAUUCAAACAAUCAGAGAUAAAAAAAAUUUUCGUUUAUGAUGUUAAAUUAAUAAUAACAGUGAAUUUUCCAUGUUUAAAGUUCCAAUGAGUUGAGCUUUUAAAGUGCAUUAUUCAUUUAAAGAAAAACAAUAAUUGUUGAUAUACACGAAAUGUACUACAAUUUACCAUAUGAAUACGAGUAUUUUUUAUUUGAUAUAUUUUCAUUUUUCUUGACAAAAAAAAUAUGUUGAAUUAUCCAAAAUACGUUUAUUGAUACAUGCGGAAUCUAAUUUAUAUGUCCUUUUAUCCAAUAUCAAAAGAUUGCUGACCUAAAGAAUACAGUAGAGUAAAUGAGUCUCAUUCAGAGAAAAUAUAAAUUUAAGUUUCAAGCGCACUACAUUUAAUGUUAGAUGUUUCCAUAAAUGUUUACUCUAAGAUACACUUUUUUUGAGUAAUGAAGUUUCUGAACAAACUCAUAAUGUGAUAAUAUUCCUUAUUAUAAUUAUCAUUAUAUUCGAAUAAAACUAUAUUAAUGUUGAUGUACAAAAAUGUUAUGGUUAAUAUCCACGCCCAAAUAUUUAGAAUUUAUUGAAUAUUGUAAAUAUCGUUCAUCUCUAAACUGUUGGACAAAUAUAUAAUAAAAAGUAAUGUAAUCAA